GGAGUGCUGACUUUGUACUGCACUUCAUGUUCAUUAUACUGGGUAGUAGCAUUCCCUCCCACCAUGUGAGUGGGGAGGUGCAGCCUGCUGCUAUGAGGAAUGCUCUGUACACACAGCACAGUUCUGUCAUACGAUGGUCACCUGUGAGAAGUGGAGGGGAGAUGAGAGUACACACACAUCCUACUGCCUGAGAUGUGUGCAGCAAGAGAAGGGAGACUACCAAUGAAAGGGGGGCUGCACUCACACACAAGAGAUCUGGGCAAUAUAAAAACUUCAGGAUGUUGCUGCUUUUCCUUGUAACUCAUAAAGCAAGGAAAUGUACCUACUCUGCAUUCAAAUAGGACAAACACAGCAAGUCAACACUUGGCAAGUCAAAUGACAAAAAGGACUGAGAUCUGCAAAAUGUUUGGAUUGUCUUAAUGCAAGAAAUAAUUCUGCUAAAUGUGUUGCAGUAGUUGGAUGUACAAGGAUUCUGGAGGUCUAUAGUCUGUGAGUACAAUUUAUAAUACAGUAGUAUAUAUUAGAAGCUGCUUUUUCAUUAGUUGACCUCCACAGCGCUCUUACAAUGGAUCAGCUGGACCAAAGGAUGGCAUAAAGUUGGCUGGUAAGUUCACCUGACUUUAUCAUGUGACCAAGAUGGAGUUUACAACUUUAGCUUCUAUUGUCAUCCAUAAUGAUUCCGGGGAAUCCGGGAACAGCAGCCAGCAAGAGCCAAAGGUCUCGCCUUAUGCAGCAUGGGAGUUUGCCCUCAUUGUGAUCGCCGUAGGGUCCAUAAUCGUGUCCACCGUUGUGGGCAACAUCCUGGUGGUUUUAGCCAUAUUUACCAGCCGGGCUUUAUGGGCUCCACAGAACUUGUUCCUGGUGUCCCUGGCUUCAGCAGACAUUCUUGUGGGAGCUUUAAUUAUUCCAUUUUCACUAGCCAAGGAGGUCAUGGGCUACUGGCACUUUGGAAAUAUAUGGUGCAGCACGUACCUGGCUUUAGACAUUUUAUUCUGCACCUCGUCGAUAGUUCACUUGUGUGCCAUCAGCAUCGAUCGGUACUGGUCUGUUACCAAAGCAAUCAGUUACAACCAGCAGCGAACGCCUAGGAGGAUCAAGAGCAUGAUCGCUGUCAUCUGGGGGGUAUCUGCCAUCAUUUCUUUCCCACCACUUCUAAAAAUGAACUCCCAUAAAGAGGACAAGUGUGACCUGAACGAUGACACCUGGUAUGUUUUGUUUUCAUGUACUGUAUCCUUCUUUCUUCCAUGCAUCAUUAUGAUAUUCCUGUACUGUCGUAUAUACAGAGUGGCAAAACAUCGGGCAUCUACAGUGUCUAAUCUCAGGAAUGGGCUUCACGACUGUGCCGAAGUCCCACCAAAUGCAUGCUGCCACCAGGACGGCAUCGGGCACCCUAACCCCGAUGUCCACCAUGAUAACGAUGAAAUGGACUUAGAGGAGAGCACUUCGUCGAUUCACAAAUUCUCAGAUACAGCUCACCAUAAGAUAAGCGAUGAGACUAGUAAUGCCAAAACAAAAAGGCUUUCGUGGACUGUAAACCGAGGUCAGCAAAAAAGGAACCGUUCGGUCUCUAUCUCUCAGACGCGCUUGACCCAGCUAAGAGAGAAGAGGCUGACGUUUGUAUUAGCGGUGGUGAUUGGUGGAUUUGUAAUCUGCUGGUUCCCAUUCUUUUUUACCUAUAGCCUGGAGUCUGUGUGUCGGGGCAGAUGUGGCAUUUCUGAUGCACUUUUUAACUUUUUCUUCUGGAUUGGAUAUUGUAACAGCAGCUUAAAUCCUGUCAUAUACACUAUCUUUAACCGGGAUUUCCGAAAAGCAUUCCGCAAACUGCUCAUGCGUAGUUCAAAAAGGACCAUGUGAACAAUAAAAAAUGUGACGUAUACAGUGACGCUGUUGGCAAGCGUUAAAACUUUAUAUAACUUUUGCAAGUUCCAGAAAAUGUUUUAUAUGUUGUCUAGCACACCUUUAAGGGCCACACAGUUAAGACGUUAGUCCUCUAUAUUUGUUGCCAUACAGUGCGUUUGAGUAUGGCUUGUCUGUUCUUAUGGAGCUCACUGGGCUUCGGGACAUUCAGUGUCUCGGUCCUAUUCACAAAUAAAUACCUAAAUUUUACAAAACAUA